CCGAAGGGGUUGGCGUGAUAAAAUAUGAAAUAUAAGCUUAUAUCGGAAUAGUGACUUUUUGUUGUUUUACGAUGAAGCCAUCGUGUUAACGACAAAUUAUCAGCUUGUUGCUGUGUUGUAGGAGGAAACGGUAGAAAUGGUUGAUCCAAGCCACGAAACCAGCCUCACUUUGAACGUAGGGCUUAGGUAGAGAUAUGUAAGCACCCGACGAACUGCUGGACACGAUGCUAGGGACAUGAUUUAAUCUAAUUUUAUCUCGAAUUACCUAAUCAAUAUAAACUCCGUCCCUCCGUUCUAUGAAUCCGCGAUAUACCGGUAUCAUGCAUUGUGUAGGACUUCUGCCCAAGACUUCCAAGGUUGGAAGAGAGGAGACAUCUCACGCCUUCAGCCCAAUACCAUCACCCUUGUUUGACGCUAAGCCACAAUUUUCUCCCCGCUACGCCACGCUGGGGCCGCCGAUUGAGUCAGCGCUGGCCGCGUGAACCCACACCUACGCCAUCCCGAUUCCUUGACAUUCUACGGCGAAGAUAAUAAAGCUGGCAACAAGGCGAUUCAAGGCGUCAUUCUUCCCUUCCCAACAUCAAUUCCACCAACACAACACUCGCCGUCGAUCCCUUCCGUAUUUGCGGCUGUCCAACGACUCACCAAUCUACUGAAAUAUCCUUUUGCUUGUGUCUAAUACAAGUUACAUUCGAUCAGACCCAUUUCAAACCCCGCCAAACCGUCAAGAUGUCAGACUGGGACGCCGUCACCAAGAUUGGAAGCAAGACGCGAGGCGGCGGCGCUUCGCAGAGGGAGACUGUUGUACGAGGAAACGCCGCUCUCAAUGCUGCGAAGCGUAGCGGUGGUUCCAUCGCAACAGAGAAGAAGUACUCAACAGGCAACCAGAUUGGCAAAGGUCCCGAAGGCCAGCACUUGACGAAAGUCGACCGCAGCGACGACAUCAUCAAGCCCAACACAGUGGGCAAGGUUGUCGGCGACGCAAUCAGCGCAGCGCGGCAAAAGAUGGAGCCGAAGAUGACACAGAAGGAUCUCGCCACACGCUGCAACACAACGGCCGGCGUGGUCGGCGAAUUCGAGCGGGGUAGCGCUGUCCCCGACCAGAAGGUGUUGUCCGCCAUGGAGCGCGUGCUCAACGUCAAGUUACGUGGCCAGGGGAUCGGCGAGCCCAAGUUCAAGGGGAAGGCGAAAUAAGAGAUGUAUAACCAUCAUUCAUCUUAGCGCAACAAAGUGAAAAUCAAAACAACAUAUGGAGGAUCACAUGAGUCAGGCGUCUUUGCAGCGCCAGCUCACGUGGUUCAAUCAUGUAUGAUGAGUCAUGCAGAAGGGGAGGAA